AUGGCGGAGAAGAACCGACUGAUUGCCUUAGGUUUCGAGGGCUCUGCUAACAAGAUUGGCGUGGGGGUGGUGACUCUAGAUGGCACCAUUCUUUCCAAUCCACGCCAUACUUACAUAACUCCGCCGGGGCAAGGCUUUCUCCCUCGGGAAACUGCCCACCACCACCUCCACCACGUGCUACCGCUCGUAAAAUCGGCGCUGCAGGAGGCUAAGAUCACUCCAGAACAAGUUGACUGCCUCUGCUACACGAAAGGUCCUGGCAUGGGCGCCCCACUUCAGGUAUCGGCCAUAGUUAUCCGCAUCCUGUCACAACUUUGGAAGAAACCAAUUGUUGCUGUUAAUCAUUGUGUGGCACAUAUUGAGAUGGGGAGAAUCGUGACCGGGGCUGAUGAUCCCGUUGUGUUGUAUGUGAGUGGGGGAAAUACUCAGGUUAUUGCAUAUAGUGAGGGGCGGUACCGUAUUUUUGGCGAGACAAUAGAUAUUGCAGUUGGAAAUUGCUUGGAUAGAUUUGCUAGGGUUCUCACGCUUUCAAAUGAUCCCAGUCCUGGAUAUAACAUUGAGCAGCUUGCGAAGAAAGGAGAGAAAUUUAUAGAUCUCCCAUAUGUUGUCAAGGGAAUGGAUGUUUCUUUUAGUGGGAUUUUGAGCUACAUUGAAGCCACUGCCAAUGAGAAGCUUAAAAAUAACGAAUGCACCCCUGCAGACUUGUGUUAUUCACUUCAAGAAACCUUAUUUGCAAUGCUUGUGGAGAUCACCGAACGAGCCAUGGCACAUUGUGACACGAAGGAUGUGCUGAUUGUUGGUGGUGUGGGUUGCAAUGAGCGUUUGCAGGAGAUGAUGCGCACUAUGUGUGCCGAAAGGGGCGGGAAAUUAUUUGCUACUGAUGAUCGGUAUUGCAUUGACAAUGGGGCAAUGAUUGCUUAUACGGGCUUGCUUGCGUAUGCUCACGGCAUAACAACUCCUCUCGAGGAAUCUACUUUUACGCAAAGGUUCAGAACAGAUGAGGUGUUGGCAGUUUGGAGAGGGAAGGAACAUUCAUUUGCGAGCAGCUAA